GAGUCAGAGUCGCUGUGCUCCGCUGCUGGUUAGUGCACCGCACAUGACAAUUUGUCAACUUCUACACAACAUUUUGCACAAGUCCGCACCAUGGGCUUCUUCAUUUUCCUCUACUCAUCCUCUCUCAUUUUGAAUGGUGUCUUUGGAGGUGAUGUAGAUGAAGUGAAGUCAGUGUCAGUGACAGAGGGAGAUUCUGUCACACUACACACUGAUGUCAUCAAACAGAAAGAUGAUGUGUUUGUGUGGUGUUAUGGCUCUGAUAACAGUCUUGUUGCAACGACCAAUGGGAAGGUUGGCAGUACCAAGUACUAUGAUGGUGAAGAUGGGAAACUCAUUGGCAGACUGAGGCUGGAUGCUCAUACUGGAUCUCUCACCAUCACAAACAUGAAAACUGAAGAAUCUGGACUGUACACACUUAAGAUCAGCAACAAGAAGAUCUCGUACAAGAAAUUCAAUGUUAAUGUCAAUGGUGUGUUUGCUGAUGACGUGAAGUCAGUGUCAGUGAUGGAGGGACAUUCUGUCACGCUACACACUGAUGUCAUCAAACAGAAAGAUGAUGUGUUUGUGUGGUGUUAUGGGUCUGAUAACAGUCUUGUUGCAACGACCAAUGGGAAGGUUGGCAGUACCAAGUACUAUGAUGGUGAAGAUGGGAAACUCAUUGGCAGACUGAUGCUGGAUCCUCAUACUGGAUCUCUCACCAUCACAAACAUGAAAACUGAAGAAUCUGGACUAUACACACUUAAGAUCAGCAACAAGAACAUCUCGUACAAGAAAUUCAAUGUUAAUGUCAAUGCUCUUCUGCCUGUUCCUGUCAUCACCAAAGUGUCUUCUGAAUGUUCAUCAUCUUCGGUGUCAAGCUGUAGUGUGUUGUGUUCAGUGAUGAAUGUGUCACAUGAUGUGAGUGUCUCCUGGUUCAAAGGAAAGAGUUUAUUGUCCAGCAUCAGUGUGUCUGAUCUCAACAUCAGACUCUCUCUACCUCUGGAGGUGGAAUAUCAGGAUACAAACACAUACAGAUGUGUGGUCAACAAUCCCAUCACAAACCUCACACAACAUCUCAACAUCACUCAACUCUGUCACACGUGUGCAGAUGCAUCUGAAAUGAGGAUCAUUAUAAUUCCAGUUGUAUCUGGUCUUUUGUUCUGUGUGAUCGUCAUGAUCAUCAUCGGUGUCUGCAUACACAGAAGAGCUCAUGAUGAAGUAAGUCUCGUGAAAGCAAUACCUGCCAAAGUACCUCUGACGGAUGAAGAAAGAAGUAGCAACUCAAGCGACACAUCCGAAUAUACAGAGGGGACUAGGUUUUUGCAUGGACAUCACCAUUGUUAACCACCUAUGUUGUAAUAGCAUAAGCACUUCCAUAAAAGGUAAAGUGUACUGGACUUAUUUAUCACCAAUUUUCUGGAAACACUACAGCUCUUUAGAAGUCGCCAUCUGAUUGGCUGAAUUUCACAGGAUAUCCGGGAGACGUGCGUGUUGCAUUCUUUAACGGUCCGCCUGGAAACAACACAAAGCCGUCUGACUGAAGAAGUAUGCUGUCGUGUCGGUAUAUACAUAUAAUCAUUUUUGUUUCUUUUAACUCCUGGGACAUUUUCAUGCCUGUAAACACGAUUCAUUACAAAAUGAAAUGUGACUCUAUUUUCUUCUCUACUCUUUUCUUCUCUACCCUUAAAAAAAAAGGAAAAAAAAGUAUAAAUGAUUCUGGAUACUGUGUUAGGCUAUAUGAGACUAGUCCUCUUUUUGAUUGACAACUGAUAGUUUAAAAAGAACCUGAUCACUACAUUCUACAGCCACUGGAGCAGACUGGCCCUUUGUUUACCUGAGUAGAUCUCUGAACACUCGAAACGGAUCCAAAGACAGAAACCGAUUAGGGAGAAUCCUGAAACAUUGUUUUCUGACAAUGAUCACAAUACUAUGAGGAACCGGCUCUUCUACACUGAAAACAACUCUGUAUGGCACACUGCUUUUUGUCAACACUUCACCUUCAUCACUAAAAGAGGCAUAUGUAAAGGCAGACAAAUCUUGAUCUUUGAAGAUGAGGAAACAAAUUAAGAUUCAAGAAUUCUAUCUCUGAACAUAUAUCAAAAUGACACUAUCAUGGUCCAAGGAUCAGAUACUGCCCUCCAUUUAUAGUGGACUUUACAGAAAUGAAAAAGCAAUCAUAGCUUUUAACUACUGGAUUUAACUACUGACUCUUCUCCUAAUGACAUCCAACAGAUGAGCACAACUACAACAGCCGUAAUUUAGUCUCCUAUAUCCAACAUGAAAGUACAUUUUUCACUCCUGGAGGUGGAUGUGGUGGAACUAAAAGAAUUCAUAAUGUCUGAAUGUCUAAAUGACUACAGCAACAUGGAGCAACUUAAAAACAUAUGAUGACUCUAAGAAGCAGAGAAAUAAGAAACAGAUAACAAAGGAACUCCAACAAACUAAAGAAGUACUGAGAGAACUGCAGUCAAUUAUGGGAAAACAAUUAACAGAAAUUAAAACUAUAUGAGGUUGGUCAAAUUGCUUCCAGUGUUUCCCUCAUCUGUAAGUCGCUUUGGAUAAAAGUGUCUGCUAAAUGACUAAAACGAAAAGCCAUUCUGCCACAGAGUAAUCUUUACCUCUGUGCUGCUUACCUUCCACCUCAUGAUUCCCCAUAUUACCAAGAAGAAUGUUGUCUUUACCUGCAGAAAGAGAUUUCAGUCCGAAGGAAAUGUUUUUAUAGGUGGUGACUUAAAUGCAAGGCUGGAAGAGAAAUGGAUUGUUAAUACCACAGUUAAUGAUCAUAUAUUCGGAUUGUGACAAUAUCCUCAACAGAAAUGGGAAGCUCUUGUUAAAGCUUUGUAAAGGUUUAGCGGGAUACAUCAUUGAUUGCAGAACUAAAUAUGAUUCAUUUGGUAGCUCCAAACUACGGGCCAGUGUGGGUUAUUACUCAUUGACAGAUAUUGAUCCAAAAAAUAAAAACUGUUCCACUUAAAACCCAAGUUCAUUUGGAAUUAAUCUAAUAUUAAACAUGUUCAAUUGUACAUUUCCGAAACACUAAAACUGUUUGAUGAUAUUAUGACAUUCAGAAAUUUUUUAAGACAGUUACUGUCAAAGUAUCUCACAGGGAAGAUAGACUAUGCAGACACUGCGACCUACCACUGUAAAUAUAUUCUACUUGUAAGUCGUAUAAACAGUACUACAAGAUACUUGUACAACAUUACCAAAUGAAAUUGCCUCUCAAUGAUUGUAUAUUUUAUUCCCUUUUCUAUGUAAUUUUUGUUUUUGUAAUGUAUUGAUAAAAUAUAUGUUGAUUUCUGUCA